AUGCCUUUUGAGUAUGACAUCUGGAACUUGAGUCAGCUUAAAAACGCUAACAAAGUAAACAUCAUAGAUCCAAGUUCAAGACCAGAGGGCUACAUUUACAGUGUAUUGCUCCCAGUUUCUACAACGCCGGAUAAAAUUUGUAAAUGGCUUUAUGACAUGAAUUUCCUUUUGAUAUGUGUUAUUUUUCCGCUCCUCUGCGCUGUGAUGCUCGACGCUGUCUUCUCAGAAGAAAACUGCCGUUAUUUGGAAUUCAAGCCCACCAAAGCAUUUGACGGUCAACGCCUGAUAAAUCACGUAAUUCAAAUUGAUGUCGUCAAGGAUAAAGUAUUAUGUAAGAUACGGUGUUUCAUGGAGCCAGAUUGUGUCAGUUAUAAUCUCGAAAAGCAACCGAGUGGGGACAAUGGAGCAUAUAAGUGUGAGUUGAAUGAUGCUACUCACGAAGGAAACGAAGACGACCUUGUUGGGGAGUACGAUUACUUUUACCAUGGAUCAGAGAGUAACUGUAUCGCAAACCCUUGCAAGAACAACGCGACUUGCCAAAGCGGUUUUACCGACAAAAGUUAUCGCUGUUUGUGUUCAGCUGGAUUCAAGGGUCAGAUUUGCGAUGAAGAUAUUGACGAAUGUGGUACAGAAGAGCACAGCUGCAAUGCUAAUGCUGUGUGCAACAAUACCGAGGGUUCAUACAACUUUUCAUGUAAACCUGGAUACUCUGGGGACGGAUGGUCUUGCAAAGAUAUUGACGAAUGUGAUACAGAAGAGCACAGUUGCAGUGCUGAUGCUGUGUGUAACAAUACCAGGGGAUCGUACAAUUGUGAUUGUAAACCUGGAUAUUCUGGGGAUGGGAGAACUUGCCAAGAUAUUGACGAAUGUGCUACAGAAAAGAAUAGGUGCAGUGCCAAUGUUGUUUGCAACAAUAUCAAAGGAUCUUAUAACUGCAAAUGUAAACCUGGAUAUUCUGGAGACGGACGGACUUGUAAAGAUAUCGACGAGUGUGCUACAGGAACACAUAGCUGCAGUGUUGAUGCGGUAUGCAACAAUACAAAGGGAUCGCACAACUGUGAAUGUAAACCUGGAUAUUUUGGGGACGGAUUGACCUGCACAGAUUUCGACGAGUGUGUUACAGGAACACAUAACUGCAGUACUUAUGCGGUAUGCAACAACACAAAAGGAUCGCACAACUGCAAAUGUAAACCUGGAUAUUCCGGAAAUGGGCAGAUAUGCAAAGUGAACUCAGACUGCAAGGAAGCUCACAACAGAAAAUUAUUCAGCAAGAGUGGCGUGGUUACGUUCCUUAUUGAUUCGAUAUUUACUUCCAUUUUCUGUCACGUGGGGGAUUUUGGAUGUGGAGUGGGAUCUUGGACCCCUGUUAUGAAGAUUGAUGGCAAGAAGGGAACUUUCCAUUAUGAUUCCAACCUCUGGACCAAUAGAGAACCUUUCAACUCUCAUGGUGGAGAGACUGGGUUUGAUUAUGAGGAGACUAAGUUGCCCACCUACUGGAACACGUCCUUCUCUAAGAUCUGUCUCGGAAUGAAAAUCGGCCAACAAAUCAACUUUAUUGUUAUCAACAAGCAAGCAAAUUCUCUCUACUCACUAAUCGCUGAUGGAAGAUACCGCGCCACCUCACUGGGUCGUAACACGUGGAGGUCAUUGAUUGGUUCUGAGGCUUCACUACAGAGUGGCUGUAACAAAGAAGGGUUCAAUGCUGCUUGUACCUGGGCAAAACAUUCCCAAGCAAGGAUCGGUAUUAUUGGAAACAAUCAAAACAACUGUGCGUCUUGUGACUCAAGGAUAGGAUUUGGGACUGCAGGAAAGCCAAAUAACAAUAUUUCAUGCGGGAACAGGGCGCCAGAAAAUGCUGAUAAUGGUGAGAAACUCAUCAACACAUAUGGAUAUAUCUUCGUUCAGUAA